AUGACCAAGGCAAAUCUCACCUUUGACGGAGCUUGUCAGCUACUCUCAGGUUUGUACUACAAAUUAAAAGUGGAGUACUUAGCCGACGACGAACUGGACCAUGAAUUGGUUUCCCGUUCCCUUAGUCUCUCCAUAGGUUUGGAUCGCACGCGAAAGCGUAAAUGGUUGAAAGAUCAGCUGAAAGUGGAAAGGGAAGAUACGACGGGAAAAUGCUUCCGUAGAAUGGUAACUGAUCCAACUACCGAAAUUGAAAAUUGUUUGGAGCGGUAUGCCGAGUUGAAAGCGAGUUUGGAAGAAGGGGAUGAGGAUUCGAAGAAGAGCCGUCAUUCACUUCCAGUCGCAAAGUGGAACAUGGCAAAAUACAGCGGUGAUGACCAGGGGCUGAAACUAAAUGAAUUUCUUGAACUGGUUCAAGCAUUAGCUCAAGCAGAACAUGUGGGAGAGGUACAACUUUUUGAAUCGGCAAUUCAUUUGUUUACGGGUUCAGCACUGAAGUGGUAUAUGGCUCAGCGUACCACAGGCAGACUGUUGAAUUGGCAACAUCUAGUGUUUGAGUUGAAGCGAACCUAUAUGCACCCUGAUUUGGACGCGUUGAUUAAAAUGAAAAUUUAUCAGCGUCGUCAGCAAAAACAAGAAUCGUUUCACGAGUUUUAUUUUGAAAUAGAAAAUUUAUUCCGAACUAUGAGUGUCCAAAUCCCUGAUUACGAAAAAGUGCAAAUUUUACAGCAAAAUAUGCGAGUAGAUUAUAAACGACAAAUGACAUUUAUUCCGAUCGUUGACCUUGAAACAUUGCUUGCCGCUGGUCAGAAGUUAGAUGCUUUGAACUUCUCCGCGUAUAACAAGGUUUUCGGAACGGAAAAAAAUGUGUUUGUUGUUGAAGGCGCUGGACAAAACUCUAGGAAAGGGCCCAAGAAUCAACCAACCGGUCAGCUGGAGAGUGGCCAAACCGCGGCAGUGUCUCAAUCCAACCAAACUAGAGUUUAUUCUAACACGUCUCUUCUCAGUCAAACCCAGAAUAAAAAUAACCAACCGUCGCAAAACAUCCAACCAAAACGAAACGCCAAUUCCGACCCAGAUGCUGGACCAUCUGGAAGUCAUCCGCGCCCGCAGUUAACCCUGGAAGAUUACGUGUGGUCUUCGCGGUUUCCCUACGAAACACUGCCCGUAUUGUUUAAAAAACGCUUUGAAUGCGAGCGAAAAUCGCCGCCCGCAAUCUCCAAAUGCGUAAUAGACUCUUAUAGUUCUCAAAACAUUCCGUCCCCGUACUGGAUACCAGCUACCAGCGAUACUUACGUGAUACCUACUGUAACAUAUCAAAUAUCUUACCCCGUUCCCAAUGAUAAUCGUCCAUACGCACAAGUGAAGAUCGGCGAUUAUCCAUUAUGUGUUCUACUGGAUAGCGGUAGUAACCACACGCUCGUCAGCGAAACUUUCUUUAAUAAAUUAAAAUUUAACAAAAUACAUAAUUCGUCCAAAAAUGUUAUUUUACGUUCCGCCAGUGGGGAUGAGCUUCAAGUUCGCGGGGAAGCUCAUUUGCCAUUUGAGUUUCAAGGAUGUAUUAGAGUAAUUCCUACUUUGGUUGUUAAGAACUUGUCCAUAAAUUGUAUUUGUGGUAUGGAUUUUUGGAAAAGAUUCAAAAUCCGUCCCGCAGUUCUAAAUUAUGGUAAGUUUGAGUCCACUGCAGCGGUAUCUGUCGACGAAAAACCAGAUUCGGCAAAUAUCCUUUCCGACAGGGAGAAGAAUUCCAUUGAAAACAUAAAAAAAUUGUUCCUCCCUGCUCGGGAAGGACAAUUAACGUUAACCAACCGUGCUCAACAUCGAAUCGUACUGGGAGAAGAAUGGAAAGAUAAACCUCCCGUACGCCAGUUUCCAUACGUCAUGUCUCCAAAGACGCAGGAACUGGUAGCCGUCGAGCUAAAAAGAUUGUUGAGUAUCGGUAUUUUGGAACGAAGCCAAUCAGAUUGGUCACUCAACUGUGUGCCGGUUAUCAAACCCAACAAAGUUCGGCUUUGUUUAGACGCGCGCAAGAUUAACGAGCGAACCAUCCGAGAUGCAUAUCCACUCCCCCACCCGGGUCGCAUUCUCGGUCAACUCCCCAAGGCUCAAUACUUGUCCACCAUUGACCUGUCUGAAGCUUUUCUCCAAGUUCCGUUGGAAAAAGAAUCGCGAAAGUACACGGCUUUUUGUGUUCAAGGUAAAGGGUUAUUCCAGUACACGCGGAUGCCUUUUGGUCUGAUAAACAGCCCAGCAACACUGGCACGGUUAAUGGAUAACGUAUUGGGCCAUGGAGAGCUUGAACCACACGUCUUCGUCUAUCUCGAUGACAUUGUCGUAGUGACGGAGACGUUUGAGCAACAUGAAAGUGUCUUGAUCGAAAUUGCUAGUCGUCUGAGCAAAGCCAACUUAAGCAUAAAUCUCGAGAAGUCGAAGUUUGGAGUGUCGGAGAUUCCCUUCCUGGGAUAUCUUCUGAGUAUAGAGGGUCUUCGGGCUAAUCCGGAAAAAAUUCGACCAAUUAUCGAAUACGAACGGCCGACCACAGUAACAAAGCUUAGAAGAUUCCUAGGAAUGGCGAAUUACUACCGUCGCUUCAUUCCAGACUUCAGCGGGGUGACUGCAGCACUAACAAACCUUCUGCAAACCAAAACCAAAUGCAUCCGUUGGAAUGAUGAUGCUGAACAUGCCUUUUGCGAAAUCAAGGAGCGACUAGUUUCUUCCCCCGUCCUGGGCAGCCCAGAUUUCAGCAAAGAGUUCAUCAUUCAAACGGAUGCCAGCGACGUGGCAGUUGCCGGGGUGCUUACCCAAGAACAGCAGGGAGUAGAACGGGUGAUCUCUUUCUACUCACAUAAAUUAACAACACCCCAGAAAAAUUACCAUGCCGCCGAAAAAGAAGCACUAGCUGCUAUUCUCGCCAUCGAUGCAUUUCGUGGAUACAUCGAAGGGUAUCAUUUUACCCUCAUAACGGAUUCUUCCGCAUUGACCCACAUUCUCAGUUCCAAGUGGAAAGUAGGGUCUAGAUGCAGUCGAUGGGCGUUGAAUUUGCAACAGUUCGAUAUGACUGUAAAGCAUCGAAAAGGGAAAGAGAACGUGGUUCCCGACGCCCUGUCGCGAAGCAUUGCAACCAUUGAUCAUUCCUCGUGGCACUCAUCAAUGUUGAGGAAAGUAGAAACUAAACCCGACGAUUUCGUGGACUUUCGAAUCGACGAUGGCAAACUGUUUAAGUUCGUCACUGCCAAAAACAAUCCCUGCGAUGCUCGGUUUGAGUGGAAAAUGAUUGGGGAAUUGGACAAGCGAAAUACUCACCAUUCUUCGUCAGUGUCAUGA